UGCAACCAGAUCCGGUGGCAGAGAUUUGGGAUAUGGAGUGUGAGCUGUGGAGCCGACCGGGACAUGUCUGAGUAGAAAGCUGCGUCAUUUUCCAACACGUACAGCUUUAAAUCUCCGUAUUGAAGAUGGGGCAGUGCGGCAUCACGUCCUCGAAGACGGUCCUGGUCUUUCUGAACCUGAUAUUCUGGGCCGCUGCCGGUAUCCUGUGCUACGUUGGAGCCUAUGUCUUCAUUACAUAUGAUGACUACGACCACUUCUUUGAAGAUGUGUAUACUCUUAUCCCAGCAGUGAUAAUCAUUGCAGUUGGAGCCCUCCUUUUCAUUAUUGGGCUCAUUGGAUGCUGUGCUACAGUGAGAGAGAGCUACUGUGGACUUACGACGUUUGUGAUCAUUCUCCUGCUGGUUUUCCUGACCGAAGUGGCCGUUGUGGUUCUCGGAUACAUUUACAGAGCAAAGGUUGAAAAUGAAGUUAAUAGUUCUAUCAAGAAAGUGUAUGAUGAGUACAACGGCACCAACAGCAACGCCCAGAGCCGUGCCAUCGACUACGUUCAGAGACAGCUUCAGUGUUGUGGGAUCCAUAAUUACUCAGACUGGCAGUAUACACACUGGUAUGAAGAAUCCAAAAAUAACAGCGUACCCAUCAGCUGCUGCAAAACUAACACUGGAAGCUGCACAGGGUCCCUAACUCAUCCUGAAGAUCUCUACCAAGAAGGCUGUGAGGCUCUGGUUGUGAAGAAAUUGAAGGAAAUCAUGAUGUACGUCAUCUGGACAGCUCUGACUUUUGCUGCCAUCCAGAUGCUGGGGAUGCUGUGUGCAUGUGUGGUGUUGUGCCGCAGAAGCAGAGAUCCUGCGUACGAGCUUCUUAUAACAGGGGGCACCUAUGCAUAAAGGAAAACACUUUUCUUUCCAUAACACACACUUUCAGGAUUUACAUGUGUCACUGAGGAGAGCAUGAAAAUAAUCUAAAAAAAACCACACUAACCUUACCACGCUAACUACACUAAAGGUAUAUAUCUUACCCAGUUUUCAAAAAAGAAAAAAAAAAAGCUUAUGACCAAAUUCUUUAAUGGUCAAUGAGAAUGUAGAAGUCAUCCUGUUGCUCUGAGGAUUUCAUGAGGGUGUUAGACCUCAUUCUUACCAAACUUAAACUCUGUAAUUCAUGUAUGGAGUAAAAUGUGGAUAGGGUCAUUUCCUCUUGUUAGUUUGCACUAUGUGUAUGGCUUUCAAAUAUUUUCUAUUUAAAUUUGUCAUGUACUUGAAUGAAAGAGUGUAAAAUUUCACCCUGUACCUCCACUACUAUUACUACUGCUACUACCUAUACUACUACUACUGCUACUACUGCUAUUACAGAUCAGUUUUGUUUAAAACCUCAAUUUUUACCAGCAGUAUUCUGUCAAGAAAUAGACACCACAGCCCAAGUCGGUGGCAUGGCAGGUUUUUGUGCGUGAAUCAUGAAACUUGAUGGGCUUUGGCUUCGCUGAUCCUUCUUUUAAGAAUAAAACCUUGUAAUCCCCUUUAGUAUGUGGGCUAUUUCAUGUAGGAAUAUUGGACACAAGAUAGACUUUGUCCUGUAGCUGUUUUGUUUGUCUUUGUCUCAGUCUACUGAUGGCAUUUUUAGAAUUUGAUUUGCUGAUUAUCUAGGAACAUAAAGACUCAAGAAUGUAAAUAAAAUGUGAGGUGAAAGUUUGAA